AUGAACAUCAAAGGUAUCAAAGUCGGCUUCAUCCGAGUGCUGCGCGUGAUGCGGCCGCUGCGAACGCUCCACUCGCUACCAGGUCUGAAAGUCCUGACCAACUCGUUGCUGGCCAGUUUACCGGCCCUGGCCAACGUGUUUGUGUUGCUCAUGUUUUGCAUGCUCGUGUUUGGCAUCCUCGGCAUGGAGAUCUAUCGCGGGUCGAAUCAUUUUCGGUGUCGGGUGACGCCGUUCCCCGUCGUGCUGCCGCCCAACGGCACGUUCAACUACCCGCCGAAUGCGUCGUACAUUUCGAUGGUGCAGAACGAUCCGAACCAGUUCAUGUGUCGGUUCCCGAACGGCACGCAGAUCUCUCAGCUGAUUGACGUGUGGGACGUACCCACAGACUGCUUUUGGCCCGUCGACACGUCAGAGGUCAUCCCAAUGGUGUGCAACCAAGAGGCCGAAGUCGGUCGGCAAUGCCAAGGGGGCGCUGUGUGCGGCUCCAACUUCGACGCGAGGGGCAAUCCCCGCUUCAACUACCUCCUCCAACCGCCGUGGGACGGCAACAUCAACGACGACGCCCUAUUUAAUUCCAACCUGAACUACGGCCUCCCGAGUUUCGACAACCUCGGCCGGACGUGGCUCAUUCUCCUCCAGACGAUCACGGCGUCCGGGUGGAUGGUGUUGACGCAAACGACGCAAAGCACGGGGAGCCCUGUGGUGGCUGGCAUCUACUUCACCUCGCUCAUGUACAUUGGGAUGUGUUUUCUGCUGCAACUCAACAUGGCCGUGUUGUUCACCGAGUUUGAGAAGGCAAAGGAGCAACAGGCCAAGAAAUUGCGCGAGGCCAUUGGGCGGCAAAGCUUGAUGCUGGCAAAGGUCCCCAAGACAAAGUCAGCCAGUCAGCGCCUGCUGCACGGCAAGCCCGCCGAAUUGGUCGCGCGGGUGAGCACGGUCGCGUUCCGCCGGGGCGACGUCAUUGUGCAAUCUGCGUUGGGGCGCCAGUUCUUGCACCUACGAGCAGCCAUGUUGAAAGUGGUCGUGUCCCCCGAGUUUGUCAAUUUGGGACUCCUCGUGACCAUCUCAAACAUUUUGGUGCUGUCAAUGGACUACCAUGGCAUCGAUUCUGGGACCAAAAACAAGUACGAGACGGCCAACUUUCUUUUCAUGCUGUACUUUGGCGUGGAGUCGGUCGUGAAGGUCAUCGGCCUCGGGUUUCGGCGAUUCUGGAUGGAUAAAUUCAACCGGUUCGACUUGCUCACGUUCUGCUUGGGGGUGGUGGAAGCAGCCAUCAGCCCGCCGGCCUUUAUCGAUGGAACGCCGGGCGGAAGCGGCAUCUUCACGGCGUUUCGCGCUGCACGCGCGUUCAAACUCGCUCGGAUGUGGAAGUCGCUAAACCAGCUUCUCACCGCGAUUUAUCUCUCGUUGAGCGAGAUCCUCAACUUUUUGCUGUUUCUGCUAUUGUUUCUGCUGAUUUUCAGCCUCCUCGGCAUGGAACUCUUUGCGACGCGGUACCAAUUCGACUCGAACAACUACUACAUGCCAUUCAACAACACGAACCCGCAGACGCGGCUCCACCGAUCCAACUUUGACUCGAUCGUGUGGGCAGCAUUCACGGUGUUUCAGAUUCUAUCGUACGAUAACUUUCCCGCCGUCAUGUACGACGGAUGGAUUUCCGUGGGUGCAUGGGCGCCGCUGUACAUUUCGCUUGUCAUUAUCCUCGGCGUGUUUGUCGUGAUGAACAUGUUUUCUGCGAUCUUGGUCCAAGCCGUCAUGAAAGGCAACAACACCGACGAUGACGACGACAACAAUGACUCGAUUGUGGCCGACGCCUCCCGCAAGCACACUGACGACACGACGAUGGCGAGCGCGAUGACGAGGCGAAUCGUCCAGCGCGUCAUGCAGCAGUUGGCGCGGUUGCAAUUCCCGCCCGCGACCGCCGAGACACGCCCCGUAUACUUUGGCCACAGUCUGUUUGUGUUUGCCGAAUCGAAUCCGCUGCGGCGGCUGUGUACCGCCAUUUUGACACGCCCCGAGUACACGUGGGUGAUGAGCGUCAUCAUCUUCUUCUCGUGUGUCGACACUGCGCUCGACUCGCCGCUGCUCGACCCGAGCUCGACCCUGGGCCAGCUCCUCGAAACCGCCAACUUGGUCUUUGCCGUCCUGUUCUCGGUCGAGAUGGCCAUCAGCGUAAUUGCCAAGGGCCUGAUCCUUGGUCCGGACGCCUACAUCAAGGACUGGUGGCGGGUUCUCGACGGGUUCAUUGUAGCCGUGUCGAUUCUCCCGUAUUGCUUUGGAAACCUGAAUCGAGAUGCCCUGACCGGCCUCCGGUCCCUGCGCGCGUUUCGAGCACUGCGACCGCUGCGCGUGAUCAACAACAUCCCGUCCCUGAAAGUCGUCGUGAAUACGCUCUUCCGGUGCAUCCCUGACGUGGGUCGCACCAUGCUAUUUUUCUUCUUCAUGCUGUUCCUGUUUGGCCUCAUGUCCCUGGCGCUGUUCAAAGGCGCAUUGUACACGUGCUCCGUGAGUCCGUACAACUACGGCCUCGGCACGGGCGAACUCGACGUCAUGACAUUUCCACGAGCCUGGGCAAACAUGACGGUGCCGCAGCAGAACGCAUUGCGGCCGGUGUGGAACGUCACGAACAUUUGCGGGCCGUUCGCGGACGACUACACGCCGACGUCGCGGGACCUGUGCUUGUGUUUUGCCGAUCAAAACGGCACAUCGUGGGACCCACUGGCGCCGCAGCAAUUUGACAACAUCUUUCACGCGAUCUCGGGGUUGUUUGAGCUGACGACGAUGGAAGGGUGGGUGUCCGUCGCCCUCGCGUGCAUCGACGCGGUCGGGGAAAACAUGCAGCCGAUCGCGAAUACAAACCCAGCGUUCAUGGUGUACUGGUGGCUGUUUAUCAUCAUCUGCGCGUUUUUCAUCACGGGUCUCUUUAUCGGUGUCUUGUGCGACAGUUUUGCACGGGAAACGUACGGGUCCCUUGUCACGGACGAACAAAUCCAGUGGAUCAAGCUCCAGAACAAGGUGCUGGCGUUGUCGCCGCAGCGCGUAUUCCCGUGCCCAUCGCACCCGGUGCGGAAGGCCGCGUUCCGCAUCUGCACGUACGCCUACUUUGAACACUUUAUCACGUUUGUGAUUCUUCUCAACACGACGUGCAUGGCCGUUCAAGUGUUUGGCCAGAGCGUCGAGACGGAAACGGCCCUCAGCACCCUCAACACGAUCUUUUCCGUCAUUUUUGUGUUUGAAGCGGCCGCGAAACUCACGUGCUACGCGACAGUAUACUUUGACGACGGAUGGAACCGAUUUGACUUUGUCAUUGUGCUCCUCACCGUCGUCAACUUGAUUUUGCAAGCGGUAAGUAUCAAUGUCGGGUCCGCGGCGUCUGUGAUUCGGGUCUUUCGCGUCGGCCGCGCACUACGUCUGAUCAAGAAGGCCAAGAUCAUGAAGAACCUGUUUGACACGCUCAUCGUGUCGCUGCCGGCCGUGAUCAACGUCGUGAGCUUGCUCAGCUUGCUCUACUACAUCUUUGCCGCCGUCGCCGUCCAGUUGUUUGCCAAAACGGCGUUCAAUGGCAGCAUGAUCAACGAGAACCAGAACUUUCAGAGCUUUUGGACGGCGUUUCAGACCUUGAUUGGGUUCUCGACGGGCGAAAACUGGGACAAUUUUACGUGGGAAGUGUACAAUCAAGUGCCGGCGACCAACCCGACGUGCGAGGACCGAUCGUACGACCCGACCAUGUGCGGCUUCAACGACACGUACAAUUGCCUUCCGCUCGACGGGUGCGGCAGUGCGUUCAUUCUGCCGUUCAUGUACUUUUUCUUCCUCGUGAUGGGGUACGUCGGCAUCAACUUGUUUUCGGGGAUCGUGGUCGACGCGAUCGGGGACGCGUCCAGCGUGUGCCCCGUCAAUGUCAACACACUCGCCGAGUUCUCGGACCGGUGGGCCAAGUUUGAUCCGUCUGGCACGGGGCUCAUCACGGCGGACGAGCUCACCGACUUUUUGUACACCGUGUACCCGCCGUUCGGGUUCAAGGGUGUGCCAGGAUUCACGCGUCGGCGGGUGGCUAUCGCGAUCGGUGACUUGGGCAUUCCGAUAUACGACAAGAUGUACGUGCACUUCAAGGAUGUGCCGCGGGCGUUGGUCCAGCGAGUGCUCGCCGAGGGCGACCGGGCCAAGCACGCAGAAAUCACACGGAUCAUGGAGCAGCUCGGGAUCAACAAACAAUUUGACGAGAUGUGGUUUCGAUCGCACGGGAAGAAGCACCAGGAAGCGCUGGUCCACCGCGAACAAGUCACGGCGCGCGAGUACUCGGCGACGCUCGUGAUCCAGCGAUUCUUUGAAAAGGUCAAACUGGAACGCCAGCGAAAACGGAAUCUAGCGCGCAUUCACACGCUCGAAAGCGAUGGCGCGACCGACCCGUCGUUGGAUGUUGGUCGCGCCGUUGUCGCGCGCGACAUGGAUGUCGAGUCCGUCGAGGCCAACGAACGGACCGACGAUCCGAAUUUGUUCGGGGGAGUCCCAACACGUCACGAGUUGUCCCCGAGUGUGCAAGGUACUCUUGGUCAGGACAAUGCCACCACCACGCACGAGUAAAACACGCCGUCCGUGGUCGUGCGCUCCGACCGUCAUGAUGCGUUUUUCAGUCGCGACUGCCUCCACGGUGGGCAACCAAAACGUGCACCGCUCUAGUUCAUGUGUAUAGGAACUUAUUUAACAGCAGACGCCACAGUGACAUGGGUUGCAGCCUCCGAGACAUUUGCUACGACUGUGCGGUCAC